AUGUCGGAGCGGGUGUCCGGCCUGGCCGGCUCCAUCUACCGCGAGUUCGAGCGGCUGAUCGGGCGCUACGACGAGGAGGUGGUGAAGGAGCUGAUGCCGCUGGUGGUGGCGGUGCUGGAGAACCUGGACUCGGUGUUCGCGCAGGACCAGGAGCACCAGGUGGAGCUGGAGCUGCUGCGGGACGACAACGAGCAGCUCAUCACCCAGUACGAGCGGGAGAAGGCGCUGCGCAUGCAGGCCGAGGAGAAAUUCAUUGAAUUUGAAGACUCUCAAGAACAGGAAAAAAAGGAUUUACAGACCCGAGUGGAAUCUUUAGAAUCUCAAACAAGACAACUUGAACUCAAAGCAAAAAACUAUGCUGACCAGAUUAGCAGACUUGAAGAAAGAGAAGCAGAACUGAAGAAGGAAUAUAAUGCAUUACAUCAAAGACACACUGAGUUCUUCCAGAUACAAGAAGAAAACAGCUCAUUAUUUCUGGCUUGCUGACACAAAGACAAAGACAAAACCUGUAUUUUUGCAAAACUAUGAUCCAUAAUUAUAUGGAACACUUAGAAAGGACAAAACUUCAUCAGCUCUCAGGGAGUGAACAACUAGAAUCUGCA